CUCACGGUCAUUCCCCAUUAUAUCUGAAUGCAUUAAACUUUAAAAUCUAUGUUCCGGUUUUAUCUUUCUUCUUUUUUUUCUUUUAUCAAUUAACAAAUUUUCUAUUUACAAUGACAAAUCUAUUAAAUCUAUUAAGUUUAUCAAAUUCUAUAAUACGACCUAUUAAUUUAAGAAUAAUUAACGCUUUGAGUAGACCAAUAAUUCGUCCACGAUUUAAUUAUAAAAUUUGGAUACAAAAUUCUAAAAGCUAUCAUGAUAACGAAGCUUUUGGUUAUAGAGUCCCUACAACAGAAGAUACUAUGAAAGAUUAUACAAAGGUUGAAUUAUCAAAUCGUAUCGAAAAUGCAAAUUUACUUCGUCUUGUCACUGCUUAUAGAACUUAUGGUCAUAAAGAAGCUCACCUCGAUCCUUUGGGUAUUCUGGAACGAGAAAAAGUCACAGCUCUCGAUCAUGAAAGAUAUGGAUUUACCGAUCCUAACAAAGUUUAUAAUUUAAAUGGAAUAUUGCAUGUGAACAAAUCAGCUUCAACAAAAGUUUCCAAAGAGGAUGCAAAUAUAGAAACUAUUCUUUCUCAUUUAAAGAAAGUUUACUGUGGAAAAGUUGCUUAUGAGUUCAUGCAUAUUCCGAGCGCAAGUGAAAGACGAUGGUUUUAUUAUACUCUUGAAUCUUAUGAUAAAACUUCCUUAACUAUAAAAGAGAAGCGAAAAUUUUUUGAAUUACUCACAAGAUCUGAGGUAUUUGAUCAUUUUAUGUCGAAAAAGUUUCCACAAGUUAAGCGAUAUGGUCUUGAAGGUGCCGAAUCAAUGAUGGUUGCUUUAGAAAAACUAUUUGAAGUUUCGAAUAAAGCUGGUAUAAUUGAGGUUGUAUUAUGUAUGCCACAUAGAGGUCGUUUAAAUCUUUUAACAGAUUUGUUGAAAUUCCCACCUGUAAGGUUAUUUCAUAAAGUGAAAGGAAAUCCUGAAUUUCCAGAACAUUUACCAGCUUCUGGAGAUGUUUUAUCACAUUUGGCUUCUUCACCUAUACUAGAUUAUGGUGCAACAAAUCCCCUAAGUGUCUCUAUGUUGCAUAAUCCAUCACAUCUGGAAGCAGUAAAUCCUGUUGCUAUGGGAAAGACUCGGGCAAAGCAAAUGGAUCUUUUAAAAUCUGAGAAAGAUUGCAAAUUGGGUGACCGCGUAAUGUGUAUACAAUUACAUGGAGACGCAGCAUUUACAGGUCAAGGUGUUGUGAUGGAAAGUUUUGGAUUGUCGAAUUUACCACAUUUCACUUCUGGUGGUUCAAUUCAUAUUGUAGUAAAUAAUCAAUUGGGUUAUACAACACCUGCACAAAAUGCAAGAAGCAGCUGGUAUAGCUCUGAUAUUGGAAAGAUGAUUAAUGCGCCUGUUAUUCAUGUUAAUGGUGAUUUUCCUGAGGAUGUUACACGUGCUGUUAAUGUCGCCUUUGAGUAUCGAAAUAAAUUUGGAAAGGACGUGAUAAUAGAUUUAAUUACAUAUCGUAGAUGGGGUCAUAAUGAAUUGGAUGAACCUGCUUAUACGCAACCUUUAAUGUAUGCUAACAUUCGGUCUAGGAAGAGUGUUCCAAAGCUAUAUGAAGAAAAGUUAUUGGCCGAGGAUUUAAUAGUUACUCAGAAUGAAAUGAAGGAAUUCAGAGAUAAUUAUUUUAAAUUUUUGGAAGAACAAUAUAAGCUGUCUGAUAAUCAUAAGCCUGAGGCAAAUACUUUGAAAAAGAAAUGGAGUGAAAUGAUCAUGCCAACAGAAACGGUUUCAAAAUUGGAUACAGGAGUCUCAAGAGAAAUUUUAGAAAAAGUAGGAAAGAUUUCAGUAACUGUCUCAGAUGAUAUUAUCAUACAUCCUCGCCUAAAGAAGUUUCAUAUACAGUCCAGACUACAAAGAAUUGCCGAAGGAAAAAAUAUUGAUUGGGCAACAGCUGAGGCUCUUGCUUUAGGUUCAUUAUUACUAGAGGGACAUAAUGUUAGAUUAUGUGGGCAAGAUGUUGGUCGUGGUACAUUUAGUCAUCGUCACGCAAUGAUGGUUUGUCAAGAAACAGAGCGCGUUGUUGUUCCAUUAAAUAAUUUAUCAAAAGAUCAAGGAAUGCUUGAAGUAGCGAAUAGUAACUUAAGUGAAUUAGCAGUAGUUGGAUUUGAAUAUGGGAUGUCAAUUGAAAAUCCAAAUAAUCUCAAUUUGUGGGAAGCACAAUUUGGUGAUUUCUUUAAUGGGGCCCAAGUUAUUAUUGACACUUAUAUUUCAAGUGGUGAAGUGAAAUGGCUAAGGCAAUCAGGAUUAGUUAUGCUAUUACCUCAUGGUUAUGAUGGAGCAGGACCUGAACAUAGUAGUUGUAGAAUUGAACGCUUUUUACAGCUUUCAAAUGACAGACUUGAUGUAUUAAAUGAUAAUAUACCAAUCAAUCCAAAUAUGCAUAUAAUAAAUCCUACUACUCCUGCACAAUAUUUCCAUGCUUUAAGAAGACAGUUAAAAAGGAAUUUUAGAAAACCUCUUAUUAUUAUGACUCCAAAAAUAUUAUUAAGAUCACCUGCUGCAGUAUCUAAUUUUGAAGAAAUGAUAUCUGGUACAACAUUUUUACCAGUUCUUGGAAAUGAUAAUAUUUUAGAAAAAUCAAAGAAUUAUGUCCAUUUCCAAGAAAAGAUAUAGAACAAGAAUUAAGUAAUUAUAAUAAUGUGCAAGAAUUUAUUUGGUGUCAAGAAGAACCACAAAACAAUGGUGCUUUUACAUUUAUUGAACAAAGAUUAAAUCAAAUAUUACCUAAUAAUCAAAAGAUAAAAUGUAUUAGUAGACCAAUAAGUGCUGCACCAGCUGUUGGUAUUUCUAAAUGGCAUUAUAUUGAGCAUUUAAAAAUUUUAGAUAAAGUUUUUAAUAAUAUAUAGAAUUAAAUAUAUAA